AUGGCAUCGUCCAAGGUUCAAACAAUCGAGCCGGUGACCUAUCGCCUCAAGGCGGAGGCUCAGCCCGAAGAAAUCACCUAUGGAUUCUUGAGAAGCAAGAUUCCUGCGCACUGCUUCGAGCGGUCCGCGACCAAGUCUCUCGCCUAUCUGGCUCGUGAUCUCGUUUACGCCUCCAUUCUCGUCUGGGCGUCCACAUAUAUCGAGCAGUUGCCGACGACUUGGAUGCGCGUGGGGGCCUGGAUCACCUACACCUUCCUCCAGGGAUGCGUGGGCGUCGGUAUCUGGAUUCUCGGUCAUGAGUGUGGACACGGCGCCUUUUCGCCAUACUCGACGUUGAACGACGUGGUGGGAUGGGCGACUCACUCGCUGCUCAUGGUGCCCUACUUCUCGUGGAAGAUCACCCACGCCCGACACCACCGCUACCACUGCCACAUCGAGAAGGAUACCGUCUUCGUACCUCCCACCGACGAGUACCUCAAGACCAAGGUGCCCACUCUGCUCAACAAGGUCCAGGAGCUGUUCGAGGAGACUCCCUUCUACAAUGCUGCCGCCCUGCUGUCCCACCAGCUUCUCGGAUGGCAGACAUACCUGAUGUUCAACGUCAGCGCAGGUUCCAAGAGUCUGCCGGAGAAGCCCACGGGGCCCAAGGCGCUCCGAAACAGCCACUUUGACCCUCUGGGCUCUCUCUUCACCGAUUCUCAGGCUCACCUCAUCGCCAUCACCGACCUCGGCCUGUUGAUCGUUGGUGGAACCCUGUACUAUCUCGCGACGCAGAUGGGCGCCUGGAAGAUUGCUCUGCUUUACGUGGUGCCCUACUUCUGGGUACACCACUGGCUGGUUGCCAUCACCUACUUGCACCACACCCACCCCACUGUGCCUCACUACGACGCCGAUGCCUGGACCUUUGUCAAGGGCGCCCUCUCCACCGUGGACCGCCGCUUUGGUUUCAUCGGCCGUCACUUCUUCCACGAGAUCAUCGACUACCACGUCGUCCACCACCUGUUCCCCAAGAUUCCCUUCUACCACGCCGAGGAGGCCACCAACGCCAUCGUUCCGUACCUCGGCGACCAGUACCACUUGGAUGAGGGGAUGUUCCUCAAGUCGCUGGUGGACACAUUCAACACAUGCAAGGUCGUCUCGGACGUCAACUCGGACGGUGUGCUUCACUGGAAGAUUCCCGAGAAUGAGGCCAAGAAGCUGAACUAG